GUGGGUUCCCUCCCUACUGUGAGAGAGUAUAAAAUAAAUGACCAACCGUAAGACUGUCUCACAUGAGAUGAAGAAAAUGUAUAAACCACAUGAGGUUUCAGUGAUAAGUUCUGCCUGGAGUCCGGAUAUUCCUGAAAAGCAGGGGAAGUUGAAGAGUGCUGUGAAUGUAUUGGAACAAGCAACAGAUUUGAACGCGAUCAAUCCUCCCCAAAAUGUUUCAGUUAAAGCAAAGGUUCUCCGUAUUCUUGUCAGACUCCUCGGAUUAGCUGGAAUGAUUGGACUUUUUCUCUGGCAAGCAAGUGUUAGUGUAGAGAAAUAUCAGUCAAAACUAACCUCUCUCCAGGAAAGAUUGUCUGAUAAUGGUAAGCUGAUGUAUCCAAGUAUAACCUUCUGUACCAAGUACAUCUGGCAGGACUUCCCUGGGGUUAUGGAGAUAAUCAAUAAUAAUAAAUCCAUUAAUUAUCAGGCAGUGAAGAACUACGCUAUAAAGAGCCACUGGUCUAGAGACAAAGUGUUUAGCUUCUUUAGUCACAAUAACGUUGAUAAUAUGACAUAUCCUUGUAAUACAGUUGGGGGAUCUAUGACUGGACGACCAUGUUCUUUUCCUUUUAUUUAUCAGAGUAUUGUGGACCAAAGCUGGGAGAAUGAGUCGAUGAGCUCAGAAGCGAAUACAACAGAAACAACGAGUAAGACUACAUUCUUGUAUUUUGAUGAAUGUACUCCGCUGGACGAUGUAACUCCCUGGUGCUAUACUAGAACAGAUAAGAAUAAAACAUUUAUACUUGGACAAUGGGGAUACUGUUCUCCUGACUGUACUGGACAGCUUCCUAGAUUUGAUAGUGCAUACAAUAUAGCUAAUAAUCCACAAUACUGGGAGGUUGGAUUGUUUGAUCUCUCAACCUGGGGAAGUGGGCUCUGCCAUACCUACAACCCACCUGGAGAAGUUGAACCUGGUGUUACCGGCCAGCUAUAUGCACUUCUAGGGGAACAGGAUAAGAUAUUUGCUCCGAUGAGGUUCCUAGGAUAUAAUAUUUUUAUUCAUGAUAAAGGUCAAUUUUUCCCUGGACUUGAGAUGGGACGGAUUGGUCUCAGUGAUGAACUCUUUCUACCCAAAGAUAUUGAAUGGGAGGGAACAUUCCAGAUGAAACAAAAAACUUUGAUCAACAAGAAAGAAAAUCCUUGCUCUGAGGACCCUGAGUAUAGUUUCCGAGACUGUGUGAUGAGAUGGGUGAGUAAGAAUACAGGUUGCCACCUGGACUGGUUUAGUAAUCUACAAGGAGAGAAAGUAUGCUCAAAAAGAGCGGAUAUCACCAAGUACAGUGAAAGUUUAACAAUGGCACAACAAGCGCGUUGGUUAAAGCUGUCUAAUAUGACUGGAUGUAUCCCAAAAUGUACUGUCAGAAGCUAUACCCUAGUGGAGAAGAGUAGUACUGAAGCAGACUGGGGAAGGAACUGGUCUGCUUCAUUCUAUCUCAGUGUUAAAACUUCAAGCUUCAUUUCACAGAACGAGUUCUUUGCCUUUGAUAUUUGGGACCUGACCUCCGGUAUCGGAGGUCUUAUGGGACUAUUUGUCGGAGGCUCCUUCCUCUCCCUCAUUUUCCUCCUGUACAUGGCCCUGGAGAACUGUGCUGUGAAAGUUUUGACUUAACCAGGAUUGAAGAAUCAGGAUAUACUUUAGAUAAAUAUACUUUAGAUAAAUAAACUUUUAUUUCUUGGGAAACUUUUAAGAUU